AUGAACCAACUCUAUCUCGGAAAUGUCAUCACUGCUGCUGGACGCCGACACGAUCCCAAGAAGAUCGACGCUAUUGCACAAAUGCCAAUACCGAAGGAUGCUGCUCAGGUUCGGUCAUUCCUCCGACUAAUCAACCACUAUGGAGCCUUUGUCCCAAAAAUGCGCCAACUGCGAGCACUGCUCGACACUCCACUGAAGAAAGGAGCUUCAUUUGAGUGGAACUCUGAAUGUGAGAUUGCCUUCGAACGCGCCAAAGAAGCUCUCACAUCAGACCUGCUACUGACCCAUUAUGAUCCGAAGCUACCCAUCAUCGUCGCAGCUGAUGUAUCAGACCACGGAAUUUGA